AGGUUACCAUGACAACGGUGACACCCAACACCACCAGGGAGAGCGUGUUCUACUUCUACCAGGAAGAACAGCUGACCUUCCUGUACAUCCUGUUUGCCCUGAUCGUGUUGGGCAACACUCUGGUCAUCAUCGCCAUCUGCGUCACAAAGUCACGAAGGUCACGUAUGCACAUCUUCAUCCUCAACUUGGCCAUAGCAGAUCUGUCUGCCGGUCUGGUCAACGUGCUGACGGACAUCGUCUGGAAAAACACGAUCGAGUGGCAUGCUGGGAGUGUCGGCUGCAAGAUCGUCAGGUACAGCCAGGGCGUCGUGACCUACGGCUCCACCUACGCCUUGGUGGCCCUGAGCCUGGACCGGCUCAACGCCAUCGCCCGACCCCUCAGCUUCAGCGGUGACCGGCUGAGGAUCCGCCUCCUGAUUGGUCUGGCCUGGAGCUUCGCCUUCGUCUUCUCAGUGCCCAUGUUGAUCAUCAACAAGUUGACUCUGGUGGGGGACAAGUGGCAGUGUUGGAUCAACUUCCCUGAACAGUGGGUCUGGCAGCUCUACAUGACCUGCAUAUGUGUCGUCGUUUUCUUCAUCCCCGCCAUCAUCAUCGCCGUUUGUUACAUCAUCAUCGUCGUCAUCAUCUGGAGGAAGACAACGCUCAGCGAAAGUUCGGAGAAGACAACUCAGUUUGUACAGAACGGGGGACAACUCUACGUAGCAGCCAACAAUGCUCGCUUUCGUGACUGUUCGACCAGCUCAAGGGGCGUAAUUCCAAGAGCCAAGAUCAAGACAAUCAAAAUGACACUGGUUAUCGUUACUGUGUUCAUCAUCUGCUGGUCGCCCUACUUUGUGUACGACCUACUGACCGUGUACGGGUUUGUGCCCCACACCCAGGACACCGUGGCCCUCUCCACCUUCAUCCAGAGCCUGGCCCCCCUCAACUCGGCCGCCAACCCCAUCAUCUACGCCGGCUUCAACACCAAGAUGUGCGUCAACCUCUUCAGGUGCAGGUUCCUGAACCGCAGGAACAGUUCACCCACAAACACGACACACCUUACAGGCUCACGUAACAAGCAGCCCAGGCGACACGUCUGUGACUAG